GCGGCAAGGCGUGCCAUGACCACCAACCUGCUCCGAGUCCCCCCGCCCCAGGAGCUGCUCCAGCCCCUGGCUGUGCCGGAGAGACUGCUGCUCGGGCCGGGGCCCAGCAAUGUGCCCCCCCGCAUCCUGGCUGCAGGUGGCCGGCAGCUCCUGGGCCACAUGCACCCCGAGGUGCUGCAGGUGAUGGACGAGAUCAAGGUGGGCAUCCAGUACGCCUUCCAGACACAGAACCGGCUGACCCUGGCCAUCAGCGGUACCGGGCACUGCGCCAUGGAGGCUGCCCUCCUCAACCUCCUGGAGCACAGUGACACGGUGCUGGUGGCCGUCAAUGGCAUCUGGGGACAACGUGCUGUCGACAUCGCCAGGAGGUUGGGAGCUGAUGUUCAUGAGCUGCUGAAGCCCCCAGGCGAGUACUUCACUCCUCGGGACAUCGAGGAGGGCCUGGCACAGCACAAGCCCUCGGUGCUCUUCAUCACCCAUGGCGAGUCCUCCACAGGGGUGCUGCAGCCGCUGGAGGGGCUGGGCAAGCUGUGCCACAGGCAUGGCUGCUUGCUGCUCGUGGAUGCAGUGGCAUCACUCGGGGGAGCCCCCAUUUUCAUGGACCAUCAGGAGAUCGACGUCCUGUACUCGGGGUCUCAGAAAGUCCUCAACGCCCCCCCUGGCAGCGCCCCCAUCUCAUUCAGCGAGCGAGCCAGGGAGAAGAUGCUGAGGAGGAAGACAAAGCCUCUGUCCUUCUACCUGGACGUGGCCUGGCUAGCAAACUACUGGGGCUGUGAUGGGGAGCCACGAAGGUACCACCACACGGCGCCAAUCAACACCUUCUUCAGCCUGCGGGAGGGCUUGGCCAUGCUGUCAGAGAUGGGUCUGGAGAGGUCCUGGGAACGACACCAGGCCAACUGCACCCUGCUGUGCCAGGGGCUGCGCGACCUGGGGCUUGAGCUCUUUGUGAAGGAGGAGAAGGCAAGACUUCCCACCAUUACCACUGUCAGGGUGCCUGAGGGCUACAACUGGAAGGAGAUCACAGCCUUUCUGAUGGACAACCACGCCAUUGAGAUCGCCGGGGGCCUGGGCCCCUCAGCAGGCAAGGUCCUGCGAAUCGGCCUCAUGGGCUGCAACUCCACCAGCAGCAACGUGGACCGUGUGCUGCGUGCCCUGCGAGACGCCCUCAGUCGCUGUCACCGCAGCAGGCUGUGAGAACCCCAGCGA